AUCCUGCUAAAUUUGUGGUAAUGGAAUUUGAUUCGUUGCCCAACCCGGUUUACGAAAUUCCCUUCAAAGCAAAGGUCCACUGCCAAAGGUGUCGAUGCCACCGAUUUGCAGAACUGAAGUGGCUUAUAUGUACUGUUAUCUUAUUCAUGAUCUUUUAUAGUGCAGAGGCAUAUGAUCCAUUGGAUCCAUUUGGAAAUGUGACGGUCAAAUGGGAUAUAAUGUCUUGGACUACAGAUGGUUAUGUGGCUACGGUGACGAUGAUAAAUUUUCAAACGUUUCGACAAAUCAUGAGCCCUGGGUGGACCUUAGGGUGGUCAUGGGCAAAGAAGGAAGUGAUUUGGGGCAUGGUUGGAGCUCAAGCAAGUGAACAAGGAGAUUGUUCCAAGUUCAAAACAAACAUACCACAUUGUUGUUUGAGAAAUCCCACAGCUGUUGAUUUGCUUCCUGAUGCCCCUUACAACCAACAAUACUCAAAUUGCUGCAAAGGCGGCGUGUUGGCAUCAAUGGCACAGGAUCCAGCAGGUGCAGUCACCGCCUUCCAGAUUACCGUUGGAUUGUCCGGCACUUCUAAUAAAACAGUGAAAUUGCCCAAAAAUUUCACUUUGCUUGGUCCGGGACCAGGGUAUACUUGCGGCCCUGCAAAAAUGGUUCCAUCCACGUUGUUCCCCACGCCCGAUCAUAGGCGAAAAACUCAAGCACUAAUGACUUGGAAUGUGACAUGCACAUACUCACAAUUUAUGGCUUCAAAGAACCCAACAUGUUGUGUAUCAUUCUCAUCUUUCUACAGUGAUAUCAUCACACCAUGCCCAUCUUGUUCCUGUGGUUGCCAGAACAAAAAGAACUGUAUCAUGAGCAACUCAAGCCUGCUGAAGAUGCCAGGAAUCAAUACUCCAAAAAAGGAUAACACACCUUUGAUACAGUGCACUCAUCAUAUGUGUCCAAUAAGAGUGCACUGGCAUGUGAAGCUCAACUACAAGGAAUAUUGGAGAGUGAAGAUAGCCAUCACUAAUUUCAAUUACAGGAUGAACUACUCUGACUGGACUCUGGUGGCUCAGCAUCCCAAUCUUGACAAUCUCACUCAAGUUUUCAGCUUUCAGUAUAAGCCUCUUCUCCCCUACCAAUCCAUCAAUGACACUGGCAUGUUCUAUGGCAUGAAGUUCUACAAUGACCUGUUGAUGGAAGCUGGACCGCUCGGAAACGUGCAAUCUGAGUUACUCCUUCAGAAGAACAAGGAAACAUUUUCAUUCAAGCAAGGAUGGGCAUUUCCCCGGAAAAUUUACUUCAAUGGCGACGAAUGCAAGUUUCCUCCUCCCGAUGCAUACCCAUCUUUGCCAAACAAUGCCAAAGUAAAUCCUGUUUCAUAUUUUACACUGUUUGUUUCUGUGAUUUUGAUGAUCUUGUCCAUUUGCUGAUCGGAUUAUCAGCAAGAACGCGGUUUUAUGGGAUUUUCCCGGAAGAGAAAAUAUUUGAUCUUGUCAAUUUCUUAAGAACUAGGGGUAAAUUUGAUGCAGAGAUGUUGUUGCAGUGACACUUAAGAAGUAAACUAAACACUGAUAUGUUUCGUUACUUGAGAGGUUUGUCUAUAGUACAAAUUACAAAAUAACA